GAGAUACUUGAAGAAAAGUCCAACGCUGAAACGUCUGAGACCAUUUGUCCAAUCUGUAGCGUCACACUUGAGGGCGUCUCACUUGACGAAGCAGAGAGGCAUGUGAAUGGAUGUUUAGAUGGAAGCUCGAGCACACAACUUCCUACGCUUUCCACUGGUACUCAAAAAUCACAUCCUCGCCCCCUAAACUCUAUUCGACCGCUUCCCAGCUCAUCCAAGAUCAAGUUGCCCGACAAGACAUCUGACUCGCAACAAAUCAAACUUGCAGUCAAUGUACCUUUCUACAAGAUUAUGGAAGGUACUACUAUCGCUGUAGAUGCCUUCAAAUAUGGCAAGAUCCCAAACAUUACAGCGUAUUUUUUAUCUCACGCCCAUGCUGACCAUUACACCAGAUUAAGUCAUACCUGGGAUCAUGGUUUCGUUUAUUGUAGUCAGACCACGGCAAAUCUUAUAUGUCACAACCUCGGCGUCAAAAAACAAUGGGUUAAGCCUCUGAAGGAUAAUGAACCUACGAUGGUAGAUGGGGUGAAGGUGACGGUAUUGGAUGCAAAUCACUGUCCAGGAUCUUCUUUGUUUUUAUUUGAAGGUGUCAAGCCACAAGGAAAACCCUUUCGGUAUCUGCAUUGCGGAGAUUUCAGAGCAUCACCUGCUCAACUCAGACAUCCGGCGUUGAAGGACAAAAAGAUUGAUAUUUGCUAUCUCGAUACGACCUAUUUAAACCCAAAGUACUGUUUUCCAGCUCAAGAACAAGUCAUCAAUGCAUGUUCUGAUUUGGUGAAAUCACGAGACGAAUCAAUCCUCGUCUUAAUUGGAACAUAUACAAUUGGCAAAGAACGAAUUGUUAAACAGAUUGCCAAGUCGAUUGGAUCGAAAAUUUAUUGUGACACACGAAAGUCACUGAUCUUCAAAUGUAUUGAAGAUCCAGAGUUACAUGAAUUGAUGACUGAUGAUCCUUUUAAGGCUCAGGUUCAUGUUACUAAUCUCUUCGCGAUCAAAAAUGAGAUGCUUGAAGAAUAUUUGCGUCGGUUUCGUGGCCAUUUCACUCACAUAAUCGGAUUGAGACCCACAGGGUGGACUUAUAAACCUGACGCGUUGACCAGUUCUGCUCAUCCCCCACUGGACCGUCCAAUCACCCCGGUCGAAGUCACUCAAGCUUGUCUCUAUCCUCAACGCGAUAGUACGGAACGAUGUCAAGCGUUUGGAGUACCCUACUCAGAGCAUUCGUCAUUCUUUGAAUUAACAUGUUUUUGUGUCUCGAUGGACUGGGUGAAGAUUAUUCCGACUGUCAAUUGUGGAAGUCCAGCUUCACGGGCAAAGAUGAAAGUAUGGUUCGAAAGAUGGCAAGCUGAACGUAAGAGGCGUAUUGAAGCCAACUUACCACUUUUUAUUGAACCUCGAUCUGAGGCCUACUGGUGA